AUGAAGGGUUGCAAUCCUUGUACGAUGUCAAUCACCUCCAGAAAUCUUUUUACAGGUCCAAAUUCGCAGUUUAAUAGCGGCUGCUGCACAUCAAGAAAAACCCAUCUCAGGAAUCCUAAGAUUCCCGUUCUAUUCGCCCAAAAACCUUUGGUAAACCCCGGAAAUUAUCAUACCCGAAAGUCCCAUUACACCAGUUUUGCAGAAGCCAAAUCCCGUUUUGAUUGUAGUGAUUGGUCUAUAAAAGCGAAACACUUUGACCUUGAUGGGAUAACCUUCCUUGGGGGGAAUCAGGAUUAUAGUAGCAAUAAAGAUUUCAAUUUUGAUGCAUUUCUGUCGUUUAUUGAAUUCGUUUGCUUAGCUUCGUCAGUAGUUAUUUCGAUCAUUUUUGCUGUGAAUACUGGGUUUUCUGGGCGUCAAAAGCUGAUCUUACCGUGGGUUGGUGAGAAAGGCUUAGUAUGGCAGUGUGUUUUUCUGGUGGGCGGGGUUAUAGUUGGGGCCCUUAUUAGGAGGAGGCAAUGGAAGAGGAUUUGCGAGGCGGAUUUUGUUUCAAGGCCAGUUAAUUUUUUGGAGCGGAUUGAGAAGGUAGAGGAGGAUUUGAAAAGCUCGGGUACCAUGGUUCGGCUUUUGUCUAGACAGGUUGAGAAGCUUGGGAUUCGGUUUCGACUCACUAGGAAGUCUCUAAAAGAACCCAUUGCUGAGACUGCUGCAUUGGCACAAAAAAACUCUGAGGCUACUCGAGCAUUAGCCAUGCAAGAGGAUAAUCUGGAGAAGGAACUUGGCGAAAUGCAAAAGGUUCUGCUGGCAAUGCAGGAGCAACAACAAAAACAACUUGAACUUAUCCUUGCCAUUGCGAAAAGUGGAAACUUAUGGGAUGAUAAAAGGGUAGAGAAUCGAGGCAAUAAUGCUGCUGUUGCGUCAAAUUCACCUGUGGAUGGAGUUCCACAGUUGUAG